GUGUUGGGGCGCAUCAUGGACUCCCUGUCGAAAUUGGGAGGAAGUCAAGUGGCCUACCGGGUGUCUUCGGUGAGGCAGGAAUUGCUGGUGGAUCUGAGGCCCGAACUUCAGUCCAUCAAAGAUCUCAGUGAAUACUUGCAGGCGGAGAUGGAGGACCUGUCGCUUAUGGUGAUCGAGCUCGAGGAUCGGGGGGAGGUGGCACUUUCUGAGGAGGACCGGCAGUGGUGGCAGAAGCAUUUUCCUGAACUACCACAUCCUGUUCUUCAACACAUGGCUGGACAGAGCCAAGAUCCAACUACAACGCCCUGGAACCGGAGAAUUCGGAGGGCACACCUCACUGGAAAGGGGGUCAUUGCACACCUAUUCAGUGGUCCUGAUGUGAAGAAGUGGAACCGUGUUGGCGGAGGAGCAUACUCUUGGCUGUGCGUUGACACGGAGAUCAACUCCUCGUUGAACCUGCACAACCCGGCCGUUUGGGGCUAUUUGUGGAAGCUGGCGUCUUUGGGACGCAUCGUUGCAAUUGUUGGAGGUCCUCCCUGCAGGACCGUGAGUCGCCUUCGAAACCGGUCACCACCAGGACCUCGUCGCCUUCGUGGUCGAGGAGAAGAUCGCUGGUGCCUCAAUGACCUCUCGGAGGAAGAACUUCGCCUGGUUCAUGGCGAUACAGCUUUGUGCAUGAAGCACAUGGGUCUAUGGAUCCGAGCUCAAGAAUGCCGCAGAACAUCGACGAAUGUUGGCAUGCUGUUGGAAUCACCGCGAGAUCCUGCUGAAUAUCUUGCCGGUGAAGAAGGUGGGCAAAGCGCUUCUUUCUGGUGCUUCCCGGAGCUGAUGGCUUGGGUUGGAACUGCUGGCCUUCGCUUGGUCACUUUCGAUCAAGGAAAGCUGGGUCACCAGAGGAAAAAACCUACGACAGUUUUGACUAACCUUCCUGCCUUCCAAGAACUACAUGGCCUCCAAGGCGAUGGUUGUGAUGACAGACCACUCCCGUCGAACCUCGGUGACCGCAUUCGCACUUCGAAGACCUGGGCAGCAUGGGCACCAGGCCUUGUGGGAGCGAUUCAAGAAGCUUUGAGGAGGUUGCUUGGCGUUUUGGAGGAGGAAAAGGGGGCUGGAGGUGGUCACCAUGUCUCCAAAAUGGACCUUGCAGCUUGGCAUCGACAUAUCAAACAGGGUCACAUCCCCUUUCGUGCUGACUGCCGCAUUUGUGGGGAAGCUAUGGGCUGCGACAAACCACACAAGAGGCUUGGGGGGAGCGCCACGAAGUUCACUAUGUCAGCCGACCUUUGUGGACCGUUUCCUGAAGGGAAAGAUUUGGGCACAGGAGUCAUUUGCAAGUACGCACUGGUCUCAACUGUGGCCGUCCCCAUCAUCUCUGAGCUUCCAGGUGAGGUUGCUGAGCCAUGUGACACCGCCAAGGAUGUGGAGCACACGGAGGAGAUUCCCUGCGAGCCAGAAGACCGUGACCUAGUCCCUGAAGAUGAAGUCCGGAGGCUCAAUGAAAUGGCUGAGAUUGAGAAGUCUCAAGAACCGCAAGGACAUCAAAAUGUCACUCUGGCUGAAGUGAUUCCUGAUCGCACGGUGGAGUCACUGGUCCGUGCUUUGUCCCGCUUGCACGCCAAGUACCGCAUGCUGGGCAUCCAGGUCUACAGAUUGCACACAGAUCGUGAACGAUCAUUUGCGUCAGCACCAAUUCAGAAGUGGUGUGAACAGCGACAGAUUCGUCAGCUCUCUAUGCCAUACCGAACUAUGCAACUCCUUGGUCCCUGCCCAUACAUGUCGCAUGGCUGGAUUGUCCGGGACAAGAAGGGCCAAUUGUUGCACGUGCGCACUGCACUUGAACCAUCGCCGGUAGCCGAUCAGGCGAUCAUGGAACUCCAAGAGGUGCCUGCUGUGAAGCAUCGCAUCAUUGGAAAACACCCACCUCCACCACCUGACCAUCCACUGGCUGGCCGCGUGGGAGCGCUCUAUGAGGAGUCGGUUCCAGCUCUAGCAACUUGCAGAGCUGGGGGGGAGGACUCUUUGGAUUCUUUGGACUGGUCCUCAUCGUUGGAUGUUGGCAGGUCGCUUUCACUGGGGCUUGAGCCAAAGGGGGUGUUGGAGGAGGUGAAUGGUGGCCACAAACUACAUGAUAAAGUUGAACCUGGUGAUGAACUUUUGCACCAUGACCUUCAGGGGGAGGUCGAAGAUUCACUGCUGUGUGAUUGGCAGCAGGUGGAAAAGUGGCAUGAGCUUGAACAACAACGACACUGGGCGCUCAAACAGCUUUGGUGUCAAGGCCUUCGUGAAGUUGCAGUUGGUGAAAACUCCGGCAGUGUCCAUGGCAGCUGGCUUCAUGAAGUUGAACUACUCCUCAAGGGUGCUGAAGAUCAACUGUCGUUUCAGCACUCUGCAAUCGAGAACUUCAAGCUGUCGGCAUUGGCUCCAUCAAUGGGAACCCCAGAUGCUCCAGCAACAGUGCUUCAGACCUAUACGGUCUCACUACAGCAAGUUCGCAGGGAAUUGGAAAAAUGGAAACCUCCUCUGCGUGAUGAAUAUGGACAGCUGGUGUCCUCAACUCAGGCAAUCAAGCCUACUACAGAGGAAAAGUUGCGCCUGGAUCCAAGAUUUCCCACUAUGGAGCUGGCUCCAGCGAUGCUUGUUCCUACAGUCAAAAGUCCUCAUGGACGUCUUCGAGCUCGGGUGGUCAUUUGUGGAAACCAUCUCACCAAGGUCAAUGAAGAGAGCAACAACUCUGCAGGUGAGACUCAGCCCAAGGACUCAAACCCGUUCUCGCUCUAUGCAGGUGGAGCAGAUGGAACUACGUUGCGCUGCUUGAUGAAAUGUGCGGCUGAAAACUCGUGGUCAGUCGGCACGGUGGACAUCAAAACAGCCUUCCUUCUUGCACCACGACCUGAUGAACAAGAACGUCUGCUCGUCGCUCGUCCACCAAAAGUGUUAAUUGAAGCUGGAAUUUGCGACGCUUCGGAACUCUGGGAGAUCUCGCACGCCGUCUACGGGCUGAACGAUGCUCCAGCAAACUGGUCGCAGUACCGUGACCGUGAACUACCUCACCUGCGCUUCUCGGCAGGAGGUCAUGACUACCAACUGGUGUCCACACCGGAGCCAAACCUUUGGAAGUUGAUCAAAACCGACCCUGGUGCUCUUCCGCAGGAGGACAACUCUGAAGGCUUCCUCGCUGUGUACGUUGAUGACAUGCUUGUUGCUGCACCAGGUCCCUUGGCAAAGUCGGUGAUCGAUGGGAUUCGGGCUCAUUGGCGGUGUUCGGAACCAGAGUGGGCAUCGGCAGAAAAGGCCAUCAAGUUUUGUGGCUUUGAGAUCAGCUGCAGCGACGAUGCGGUGAUCCUCAACCAGGAUGUUGACCGAGCUCCAGGUGCAUCGCUGUCCAAGUCAAGGUUGAUGGCUAUUCUGGGCGGCAUCAUUGGCAUGGCGGCAUGGAACCCUUCGCAAGAAAGUCACAAGGUGGCGAGAUGUGUCACCAUCUCAGCUUUGGUAGCUGCACUUGCAAUUUGCCUAAAUGGCUAUACCUCGGCCGCGUCUCGUGCGUGCGAUCAUGGCGUGCGGCUGGCUGCGCUUGGGGCUCGCGCUGGACCGGAGCAGCCGGAAGAGCGGAUUUGGGAGCGGUUCCCAUUCCAGCUCCCUCCGCAAGGUCCACCUCCAGUUGAUGACACGCUGGAACCACCCCAACGACGGGCGACUUUGGAUUCGGUGGCAGAGAACUCCACUGGCACUCCAUCGUCUGAACAGGUGGAAUUUCCGACGGCCAAUGUGACCUGGGUGAGAACUGAAGUGCAUUCGGUGAGGAGGACUUCAUCGUCAUCGUCCUCUGCACCUUCACAGACCUCUCCCAGCACAAGGUCCAGUGCGACUGGAUCUAUGGCAGCGGCUCGGGGCUCAGACGCCAUUGAUGCUGGCGUGACCCUUGGCUACAUGGGGCGACUUGGCGGCUUCCUCUCUCGCGGGGAGAACCUGCGAUCUGGGCCGGCAUCGAGCGCCACAGAAAGUGAAAGUGAAAGGGAAGAUUGGAGGAGGAAUUUAGAUGUGAGCUCAACCAGCUCAGUUCAGGGGCACGAAACGACACUACCUCCUGGACUUCCUCCUCUACACGAACACUUGGAUGAGGCGCCACAAUGGAUGGGCAUUGUGAGCCAACUCCCAGUGAGGCCGCGUGGUGUGCCGGGUCAAAGUGACCAUUUGAGGGAUCCUGAUUCGGAUUCAGACGGCAGCUAUGAAAUUUGUGGUUGA